ACCAAAUGUAAGACGAAGAAGAGGAACAGGAAGCGAUGAAUGUUUACAGAACAGAAACGAUUAAUUUUAACUACAUUUUAACUCAGUUAAAGACAAUAUGAGCUUAAAGCACAUCUAACCGGUCAGACWUCAAAGAAAAAUAUUUAUUUUAAAGUUAAAGGAUAUCAGCUGCCUGCUAAAUGGAUCUUAUGGUGGCAUUUUAGGUUUUACAGUUUAAAUAAUUAUUACAGUAGCUUUCUCGGUGGAAUAAUUGCUACGUUUUACYUUCAGAACAAAUAAAAAAUAACCAACUGACGGCUGAUUUGACUUUAAGCUGCGACCGCCAUGGCUUCGUCAGACAUCAGCAUCCCGGAGGUGAGCGACAUCGUCAUCGUCACCAUCCCCGAGGCCGUGGGCGACGAGCUCCCCGGCGUGGUGGAGGAGGAUAAAGCCGUGCUGGUGACCUCGGAGCUGACUCCUCAGGCCGGGGAAGACGUCCUCACCGUCGCUCCGGUGGAAACAGAAAGUGAAGGCAGCAGGUCCGAUUCUCUGUUGAAGGAAGAGGCACUGAUCGUCAAACUGUCGGAGGAGGUGGACGUGGAGGCAGACGUCUACUACCCCAUCACCUGCGGGGACGCCAAGGCCACGCUGGUGUGGAAGAAGUUCGUCUGUCCCGGGAUCAACGUCAAAUGUGUCCAGUUUAACGAACAGCUCAUCAGCCCCAAAGAGUUUGUGUGUUUGGCGGGAAAGUCCACCUUAAAAGACUGGAAGAGAGCCAUCCGCCUUAACGGAACCAUGCUCAGGAAGAUCAUGGACUCAGGAGAACUGGACUUCUACCAGCACACCAAGGUGUGCUCCAACACCUGCCGCAGCACCAAGAUCGACCUGGUGGGAACUAAAGGGUCCGCCGCCGCCGACCAGUCCGCCGCCGAMCUUCUCUCUGCCUCGUCUUCAUCAGCUGACCUGAACGGCGCCGCCGUGGYGUUCCCAGACCCGACGGAGGAACCUUCAGAGUGGGUCACGGCCAUCGGAGAGGACUCRGUGACCUUCUGGCGCUCCAUGAAGGAGGCGGGGCUUCUGGAGGAGGUGGUGGAGGACUUCCAGAAGGAGCUGCAGGAGGUUCUGAAGGGUCUGCAGGAGAGAGUCUGUGACCCGCCGCUGCAGGUCAAAGGCCAGAUGGACCGGUACCGAGAGCAGUACUCCCGCAGCCUGGCCGCUCUGGAGCAGCAGUGUGAUGAACACAGGAAACGAGCCAAGGAGCUGAAGAGUAAAUCUCAGCACCUGAACAACGUCCUGAUGACCCUGACCCCGGUGACUCCGCCCCCGCCGCCCAAACGCCCCCGCCUGACGCGUGCCGUCUCUGGCCCAGCCGCGGUGGGCGCGGCGCCGGCCCAGAUCACGCUGCCCCUCGGCCAGCUGGGCGGGCUGCAGCUGGGGAAGGUGCUGACGGUGGCGGGGGCGCAGGGGGGCGGGUACACCCUCCUGGCCUCGCCUCUGUCCGGCGCCGAGCUGGCGGCCGACGGCGCCAACCUGACGCUGCUGGAGGGGGCGGAGGCAGCGGCUGGGGGGUCCGGYGGCUCCGGGGCCUUCGUUAAGGUGGUCGGACCUCAGUUCCAGCUGGUGACGCUGCCGCUGGCUGCCGCUCAGAGCCCCGCCCUCCAGCAGCAGGUCAGCACCGUCACCGUGGUGGACGCCAUGGCAACGGCAGCGGAGGAGUCCCAGGAGGCGGGGCCAACUGACUGUGAUGAUGAAGGUCAGCCAGGGCAGGAGGCAGAGGAGGAGCAGUGACGGACAGCUGAGGUGACCUCUGGCCCCGCCCCCUCGCCUCACAGGAAGCUUUCAGACAAACUUUUGACUCAAAAUAAAAACCUGUUUUUUUUUGUUUUUUUUUUUUGAUUCUGUGAAGAAUAAAGAAAAACAAACCGA